AUGUCUUCUCGCGGUAGCACUACGCUCUACGUGACUGGUUUCAGCCACGGAACCCGCGCUCGCGACCUCGCGUACGAAUUCGAACGUUAUGGUCGCCUUGUGCGAUGUGACAUUCCGGCUCCUCGCAGCGCUUCGAGCAGAUUGUUUGCUUUCGUUGAGUAUGAGGAUCGUCGCGAUGCUGAUGAUGCAUAUUAUGAGAUGCACAACAAGCGUCUUGGACGUGAUGAGAUCUUGAAGAUCGAGUGGGCUCGCACUCCUCCCUCUGCUUCUUGGCGCUUCGACUCGGGUCGUGACCGUGAUCGUGACUCUCGCCGUGCUCCUCGAUCGCCGCGCCGUGGCCGCUCUCCUUCCCCCAGACGCAGCACAAGAGAUUACUCGCCUAGGAAGGAUGACCGCCGCGACCGCGACCGGGACUACGACAGAGAUUCGCGCCGUGACACCCGAGACCGUUCUCGAAGCCCUGACCCUCGUGACAGAGACCGAGACAGCAAGGACGAGCGUGAUGACCGCGAUCGACGUGAAAAUGGAACUAACGGUGAUGACCGAAAGCCCGUCGACUCUCCCCCACCCCGUGAGCACGACGAUCUGGAUGCGGCCGAGUAA